AUGGAUUUUCUGUUUGGCCGAAAAAAGACACCCGCUGAAAUGUUGCGGCAAAAUCAAAGAGCGUUAAAUAAAGCAAUGCGUGAAUUGGACCGAGAACGAUCACGUCUCGAAAUGCAGGAAAAGAAAAUUAUCGGUGAUAUUAAAAAGAUGGCCAAAAUGAAUCAAAUGGAUUCCGUGAAAAUUAUGGCAAAGGAUCUUGUCCGAACUCGCCGACAUAUCAAAAAAUUCAUCAUGAUGAAAGCCAAUAUACAAGCUGUCUCAUUGAGGGUACAAACUUUAAAAAGUCAAGACGCAAUGGCGCAGGCAAUGAAAGGGGUGACGCGAGCAAUGCAAAACAUGAAUCGGCAGCUAAAUUUACCUCAGAUCCAGAAAAUAAUGACGGAGUUUGAAAAGCAAUCAGAAAUUAUGGAUAUGAAGGAAGAAAUGAUGGGUGAAGCAGUCGAUGAUGCUAUUGCAGAUGAGGGUGAUGAGGAGGAGACGGAAGCAAUUGUUGCUCAGGUGUUAGAUGAAUUAGGAAUCCAAAUGAAUGUGGAACUCUCGGCAAUGCCUACAGCGCAGAGUUCAUUGAAGCCAGCUGACCAAAACCGGCAACCACAGGCAGCUUUAUCGGAUGCUGACGCUGAUCUACAAGCUAGGUUAGAAAAUCUACGUCGGGAAUGA